AUGCUGCAGCACGAUGAAGAGGCACGGGCGCUACAAUCCGUCCUGGAUGUCUUAGACGAGCAGCAGCAGCAGCAGCAGCAGCAGCAACAGCAGCAGCAGCACGAGGUGCUGCAGCAGAGCAGCAGGGGCUUCAGAGUCACUGCAGUGCGGGUGCCUGUCGACUCUGACUUUGCUGCUGCUGCUUCUUUGCUGCUGUCGCUGCCGCAGGAGCUUUUAACUCCGCAGCAGCAGCAGCAGCAGCAGCAGCUAACAAGGGCUCCGCAUGUGCGCCUGGUAGCAGCUCCAUCGCCAGCAGCAGGAUUUCAAACAGCAGCAGCAGCAGCAGCAGCAGCAGCAGCAGCAGCACCUGUUGGCCUGCUGCUGCGCCGCCCCCUACGGUGGGUGCUGCAGCCCCUUCGUGUUGCACUUAGGCGGCAGCCGCAUAUGCAGCAGCAGCAGCAGCAGCAGCACUUGAAUGGAGAAGGUCCCCAGCAGCAGCAGCAGCAGCAGCAGCAGCAGCAGCAGCAGCAGAAGCGGGUAGUCGCUGAGGUGUGGCUGACCCGAAGUGAAGGCUUUCAAAAAGAAUACCUCAUUCUUAGGCUUUCUGCUGCUGCUGCUGCUGCUGCUGCUGCUUCAGAUGCAGCAACGGAUGCAGCAGCUGCAGCAGCAGCAGCGGCAGCCGGAGAGCCUCUGCAGCUGGAAGUGAUUGCUGCGACUCCCGCUGCAGCAGCAGCAGCUGCUGCUGCUGACGGACUCUCGCUGCAGUCUCCGCAGCUGCUGCAGUCUCUGGCUGUGCUGCUGCAGCAGGGGCUGCAGCAAUCUUACAGGCGGCGGCGUUUGCUGCUGCAGCAGCCAGUGCUGCUGCAGCAGCCAGUGGCUGCCGCAACAAGAAGGGCAGCAGCACACAGCAGCAGCAGCAGCAGCAGCAGCAGCAGUCAGAAAAUGGCUUUCUUAGCUGCUGCUGCUGCUGCUGCUGCUGCUCGCCCUGUGGGGAGCAGCUGUCUAUACACCUCAGCAGCACAUCCGUACACUUGUAAAUAA